AUGCUUGAAGACAUGCAAAUCUUCAUGUUCAAAAGAAUAGGUUUGGACUCUGGCGAUGAGCAGUACUUGAAAGAUGCAAUAGAUAAUGCUGUUAUACCAAACAGAGGGCUGCACACGGACACCUUCGAGUACACAGCGAAGAAAGAAGAAAAACGGGAGGAAAUUAAGAUAGAGCCUAUCCAUCUCGAAGAGGCUAUAUGUCCUAGACAGCUGUUUGACCCCAAAAACUGCCCUGGCAUAUAUCUGUCCGAGAUAGACCUAAGCAUAGACAGCAUGAAAGGCGCAGGCAGGGCCAUGCAGAAGCCUCCGCACUCGUAUGCUGUUUUGAUAAAAAAAGCGCUGACAGAAACACUCGAGGGCCAUCUUAGUCUCAAUGGAAUAUAUAAUUGGAUAAAAAUGCACUUUCCGUACUACAAGACCGCAGACCCGGCGUGGCAAAACUCAAUCCGGCACAACCUGUCGCUGAACAAGAUGUUUGAAAAGGUAAAGCGCCCCGCCUCCGAGCCCGGAAAGGGGGGGUUCUGGAGGCUUAACCCGAAUUUUGAGCCUGUAAAAGCAGUUCGCCCCAGAAAAAACAAAGAAAAUAGAAAAGAGCUCCAGGCAGAGUAA